AUGAAGGGCAAUUACAUUUUCCACAAAGUUUUAUUUUUCGCUAUUUUACUAAAUCUCUACAAUAAUAUCCACUGUACUCCGGCCAGAAAUCAAGAAAGAUCGUUAGCCGACCCCGCAUUGGCAGAUGAUAUUAAAUGGUUUUUCCGAGGUAUUGGUAACUUUGCCGGCACUGUGGAGCGAAUGCUGCCCAACAUCAAGUCCGAUCCAAAAAAUAAAACAUUUGGCGAAAAUGCCAAAUUCUCUUUGCUAACUGGAUUGCGCCAUGUUCUGGUGGGUGUGCGUGAAAUUUCAAUGACAUUUGAACAAAGCUUAAAGACCGAUCACAUAAAGCAACUGCAACAAUUUAAAAAUGCAGCGAACUUUGUCAAUGACAUCAUUGGUGCUCUGAAAAUGUGGCUCAGCCAGCUACGUGCAUUGGUUGUGCACAUCUAUACGCUGUACAAUCGCUACCUUCCAGAGGUUCUCUUUGGCAAGUGCUUGGGAAACUAUUUGGUGACAAACUAUCCCGAUCGUUCAUAUUAUGAAUAUCCCUUUAUACUAUUGGCCGAAAUAUACGAAAGUAUUGUUAGCACUGGAGAAUCUGCGUCUCUUGCAACUACAACGGAAGGCGUGGACAGUAUCGCCACUGAAUCGACGAACAUCGAUGAUGACCUCAAUAUUGCUCAAAAUGAAAUAUCACACACAGAUGAAACCAAUGACUAUGACAAUGGUGUCUAUUCGACGAAAUCGCGGCGAAAUGCCGAGGAUGCUUCAUCGUCCGAAAGUAUCUUCAAUCUAAGCACGGUGUUAAACGACGACAAGGAUAAGAUCAUCGAGAAUGCGGCACAACAACAAUCAUGGAAAAUAUGUUUGAAAUUGUAUACGGCCGAAAGUAUAUCGCGUUCUUUGAAGAGUUACUUUUUAAAUAUGUAA